AUGUUUCCAUACACACCUUCGUAUCCUGGCUUUACCGUAAGUCCAAAUCUGUGCUUCUGCAAUUUCUCUGCUUUUUUGUUUGAUUUCAGCUAUUUUCUUUAUCUACAUUUUCAGGUGCAGAGAGGGGGCAACAUGCCUGUGGUCCGCAGAAAAGUGACUCUGCUCUGUAUGACGCUCAACAUCUUCUUCUGCCUCCUGAUGGCCAUCUCAUGGAGCCUGAGGAGCGACAAAAGCAGCAGCCAGAAGAUCCGCAUCCCAUCCACAAGGUUUUGGCGUAAACUGGUCCCGAGCAAAUCCUUCUGGAACCGGGAGCAGCAGUACCUGGACAUAAUCCACAACACCAAUGUGAAUUUUGUCUUCUCUGUCAGCAACCCUGUCACUGUGCUGCCUGAUUGGCUGAAUGAUACAGGGCCGACUGAAACUUGUGAGCCAGACUACAGGGUCCCCAUACAAAUCUCAGACUACAACUCCCUGCCGCAGCGCCUCCGGGAUUUUCUCCUGCACAUGCGCUGCAGGACGUACCCCCUGCUGAUUAACCAGCCCUACCUGUGCAGAGAAAAGCCCUUCUUGCUUCUUGUCGUUAAGUCUAUGGUCCCGCACUUCGAUCGUCGACAGGCGAUCAGAGAAACAUGGGGGCGGGCUGGCAUGGUAGCUAACCAGACUGUGGCGACUGUGUUUCUUUUAGGCAACACCAUACCUUUGGACCACCACCCAGACCUCCAGAGGAUGCUGCUCCAUGAGGAGACGCUCCACAAAGACCUCCUCCAGUGGGACUACAGGGACUCCUUCUUCAACCUGACUGUGAAGGAAGUCCUCUUCCUGGAGUGGUUCAAUCAGAACUGCACCCAGGCCAAGUUUGUCCUCAAAGGAGAUGAUGACGUCUUUGUGAACACGUUGCGAAUUAUUGAGUUCCUAGGAAACCUGUCAGACAGCAGGGCCAGAGAGCUCUUCAUAGGUGAUGUGAUCAGUAAUGCAGGUCCCCACAGGAACCACAAACUCAAGUAUUUCAUCCCGGAGAGUUUUUUUGAGGGGAAGUACCCGCCUUACGCAGGAGGAGGAGGGUAUCUGUACUCUGGAGAGUUGGCGUCGCAGCUCUACAGCGCAUCUCAGCAGGUGGCUUUGUUUCCUAUUGAUGAUGUUUACACAGGAAUGUGUCUAAAGAAGCUAGGUGUUGUCCCUGUGAAGCACCCAGGCUUCAGGACGUUUGGCAUUGAGAAGAAGCACAGAGACAACCCCUGCGUGUACCGGAGCCUGAUGCUGGUUCACAGCCUAACGCCGCAGGAGAUGCUGAGUGUAUGGCCGUGGAUUAUCCACCCAGAGCUGGACUGCCAGUGA